CAAAGGAACUCCUUAAGGAAGCUGAGCACAUCAACUCAGACAGUUAUCUACUAGGAACGCUUCUAUCGAGUGGCGCAGAGUUAGAACUAGAGGCGCGCGUGUACUAUGUAAACGCAGCGCAGGAGGUUCGCAUCCCGCAUGAACUAUUAGAAUAUGCAGAUGUCUUCGACAACCGCAACGCAGAGAUCCUGCUACAAUACAAAAGUUUAGACUAUGCAAUCCCUAUUGUAGAAGGCAAAGAGCCGCCUUACGGUCCGCUCUACACCCUCUCUUUACGUGAGCUACAACUGCUCCGCGAAUACAUCGAAGAAGCCCUACGGCGAGGUUAG